CACGGAUGUGUGCAUGUGUUUAUUGGUGAAGUCAAUCAAUCCUCGCACUAGCGACGCGACGCACGCACAGAUGGAACACCCAGGACACCCACACAUGUCAUGUGUGGACGUCCGUCUUUCUACCCAUCAAUCACUCACAGACACGCACACAUAUGUGAUAUGUGAUGUGUGACGUAUGCACCGAAAUGGCCGCACAUCGUCCGUGCACCCACACACACACACCGCCAGUGUGCACGCCAUGCCUCUACCCAUCUUCCCGGAUCGCUUCCGGCCAGCCCUCACCCCCCUCGAUAAGCUUGCACUCCUUCUAUAGCUGUCUGGGUACACGGCAGUCAGUGUGGCCCCCCUCCUCACACACAUACACACACACACACAUACACACACACACACCUGCACACGCAUCAAUCAUAGCUACCUUUUCCCUCCCUCCCCUCCCCCCUCUGUCUGGUCUGACGCAUUGACGCAUGCUCUCUAAAUCACUUGCGCCCGCCAGCCUUGGGCCUGCAGGCAGGCCAGACCACACACACAAACACACACACACACGUCACCCACCGUGUCUCCGCCGUUAGUGGCUGCACUCACUCCGUCACUUACUUUGCUUUGGCCUGCUUGGCUUUGGGUUUGGGUUUGGGCGCAGCCGCCGCCGAUCUCGACGGGGCCGUCUUGCGACCCGCCUUGGCCUUGGCACCGCCACGAGACCUAUCCAAUGGAGGGAGGCACGGACAGAAGAGGGGGUGUCAGAAUGAAUGCAGGUGUCUCUCCGUUGUGUGUGUGUGUGUGUGUGUGUGUGGCGGGGUGACUUACUUUGCCGCCCCCCGUUUCGGUGCCGGUGGGGGGGACUCGUCGUCAUGGCCACUACCGCCAGCACCAACCAACGCAGCUACGCCAACCUAACAAUUAUAAGGCGAAGCAGCAUGACAAGAAGACGAGACGGGUCUUGGUUUGGUUUGCGCAGGCAGGUGUGGUUGUCUUGUCUCGUGUGUGUGUGUGUGUGUGUGGACUAUACCAGGAAUGGCUUCCACUCCUGUCCGUCGAAUAUGAUCUCCCUAUUCUCAGCAUCGAACUCCAUGCGGACCUGCACACAUGCACAUGGACCGACAAACACACAGACAGACAGACAUAAACACAAGCCACACACACGUGUGGUGGGCUUCCCCCGUGUGAGUGCUCCCCAAAUCCGCUCACUGGGUAUCCGUUGAUGGUGUAUGCCCCCUCGUUGAGCUUCUUGAUCUGGAUGGCGAUGUUGGGGUUGUCCUGCAGCCACGCACCCACACCAGCGAGUUGGGUGAGAAGUGUAUGUGAUUUGUGCUGUGCCCCCAGGUAGGGCAGUCAGGAGAUGGAUGCACCCACCAUGAUGAAGAGCGUGAGGUAGUGGUCGAAGUAGUUGCCGGCCACCCCGCCCUCAACCAGUAUCUGACCUACGUCGGGCGGCACGUGCUGACACACCACGCAACAGAAUACAACGUGACAGACACAACACACCACAAACACAUCAGAUAGAUGAGGGUGGGUGCCGCUUUGUGUGCGUGUGUGUGUGUGUGUGUGUGAGCUUACGUGUUGCUGCUGUUGCUGGGUCGGCACCUGCACCAUCCCCUGGUGCCCUUGCAGGGCACGCUGAUGCAACACACACACACGCACGGACACACAGACGCACACACAGAGCACGAGUGUUCUGGCCGUGUGUAUUGUGUGUGUAUCGUUAUGUGUGUGUUGAUCUGAUCCCCCUUCCUACCUGGUGUUGGAAUACCUGCUGCUGCAGCUGCGUGUUGAGGGCCCUCUCGCGCUCUACCUCACCCGACAACUUGGAGAUGUCCCGCUGAAUGGCUGCAAUGCCACACACACACACACACAGAGAGAGAGAGAGAACAAAGACACAUCCAUUCCACGCCUGUCAAUCCCUCCCUCCCUCCCCCGCCCCCCUCACCUCUCAGCGACGGCUCCAUGCGCACGUGCUCCUGCUUAAACGAUAUCGGGUUGAACCCGCCGGGCGGCACCGGACCAGCACCCACACCAACUACACCCCCAUAUGCCCCGCCAAUUCCCCCACCAACACCCCCUCCCACCCCGCUAUCUCUGACGUACCCCCCCGGCCCGCUCACCGCACCGCUCACCGCCGGCGCAGGGGGGCGAAUCGGCCGCAGAUACGACACAUAGGGCGACAGGGGUGGCCGAAUUCCACCCGCACCCAUGUGCACACCCGUUGCCGUGCCCACCCCCACCCCCAUCCCCACCCCCGCCCCAGUGCUCACCGCCGGCGGCAGAUGGCUCAGCGGCCCGCGAACUGCCGGUGGCGUGUAGACGUUGUUGCUGGCUGUGGCGGUGGGGGUCGCCGCAGCAGCAGGGGGUGGUUUGUUGUUGAUGGUGCUCAUGCUGGGCAUGGUGCCCAUGAGUGCGGGUGGCGAGAGCGAGCCGCGCGGCCCGAGUGUCACCCCCGGGUGGAAUGGGUAGCGGGACGGCAUGAAGUAGCCGUGCGAAGGUGAGGGCUGCAUGAUGCGAUGGUCGUCCAGGAAACCGGGCUGCGGGUAGCCCGGCAUCUGCUGCUGCUGGUGUGAGGUGUGCACCGGGUGGGACUUGAUGGGCCCUGCUGCUGUGGGUGUGGGUGGUAUGGGCAUCAUGCCGCCCGCAGGCCGCACCAGAGGAGGGCGGCCGGCAGGCGUCACUAUGCCGGGAUAGGCGGCAUUGGCGAGCACCGCCGUGUGAUGUGGAGGAGGGCGGGGGUGGGGUGGCAGCAGGGGGUUGACCGUCGAGGGGUCAAAUCGGAUGGUGGUGUGCGUGUUGCUCUUGACGGCUCCAGGGGUGGCAGUGUGGGAUGUGGUGGACACGGUGGACACAAACGGCGGGUGGGGAUAGACUUUGCCGCCCUGCGCCGGCGGCAGACCUAUCAUGCCAGCCACCACGGACAAAACACAAAGAUCUGAUCUUCUCUGCCAUUUGGAUGGAAUGAACCAUGCAGCUGUGGGUCCGCUUGUUGCCUACCUGCCAUUGGCGGCUUCUGCGAUGUGCUGGGAAGCGGCACCGCCAUACCUUCAACCAGACUAACUCGGCUAUUUUUCC